AUGUGGAAGUCAGUGGUGGGACACAACGUGAGCAUAAAGGUUGCAGAGGGGGACGACUGGGAGACCGACCCUGACUUUGAGAAUGAUGUGUCAGAACAGGAACAGAGAUGGGGGGCCAAGACCAUUGAGGGGUCUGGUCGAAAAGAACACAUCAGUGUAUCAGAGCUGAGACAGAAGGUGUCCCAGGAGCAUGAGGUGGGGAAGCAGAAGGAGCGAGCGGAGGCUCCCAAGGCCUCUUACGGUUACGGAGGGAAGUUUGGAGUGGAGAAAGACCGCAUGGACAAGGGGGCAGUGGGGCAUGGCUACGUGGCGCAGGUGGAGCAGCACUCAUCCCAGACCGAUGCAAAGAGAGGAUUCGGGGGGAAAUUUGGAGUGCAGAAAGACCGUGUGGAUAAGUCUGCCAUGGGAUUUGAAUACAAGGGUGAGGUGGAGCAGCAUACAUCUCAGAAAGACUAUUCAAAGGGUUUUGGAGGGAAGUAUGGGGUGGAGAAGGAGAAAGUGGACAAGGCUGCCUUGGGAUACGACUACAAGGGAGAGACCGAGAAACACCAGUCUCAGAAAGACUAUUCAAAGGGUUUUGGAGGGAAGUUCGGGGUGGAGAAGGAGAAAGUGGACAAGGCUGCUUUGGGUUACGACUACAAGGGAGAGACCGAGAAGCAUGAGUCACAGAAAGACUAUGCCAAGGGCUUUGGGGGACGCUAUGGCGUCCAGACAGACCGCAUGGAUAAAAGUGCAGUGGCCUUCACAGACAUGGAAUCCCCUACCUCUGCCUAUGAGAAGACAAUACCAAUGGAGGCAUCAAGUGCAGGGGCAGGCAACCUGAAGGCUCGCUUUGAGAACCUGGCUCGGUCAUCAGACGAGGAGAACAGAAAGCGAGCGGAGGAGGAGAGAGCCAGGAGACAGGCUAGAGAGGAGAGAGAGCAGGAGGAGGCACGACGCAGACAACAGGAACAGAACAGCAGGGAAGAGGAAGCAGAGCAGCAUCAGCCUCCACCUGUUGAAGAGCAGAGACCUCCACCUGUUGAAGAGACCAACAGGAAGCCCCAACCACCACAGCUGCCCACUGCCAGGGCAGUGCCUCAGAUACCAAGAGAUGAGCCAGUGGAGGAAGAGGAGGAGCCAGUCUAUGACCAGCCCCCGUGCCUGCCCCCACGGUCAAGUGACUUGCUGGAGGCGGAGCCACCUCAGGAGCAGACCCCAUCAGAACCAGAGCAGGAGGAUGAGGGAGAGUAUGAGGAUAUCUCACCAAUACCUUUCCCAGAACCUGAUCCAGCUGUGGAUAAUGACUAUGAGGACCUGACAUGCGGUCAAACCGCAGUGGCCAUUUAUGACUACCAAGGAGAAGCAGAUGAUGAGAUCUCCUACAACCCCGAUGAUGUCAUCACCAACAUAGAGAUGGUGGACGAAGGCUGGUGGAAGGGACACUGUCACGGACGCAUUGGACUUUUCCCUGCUACAUUCGUGAAAAUGAUGUAGUGAGCGUGCCUAUACAGUCUCCAACACAGACAUAUACCUGAGCCCAUAGGACCUGUGGGUCUUUUCACAGGGGGGACAUCAGCAUAUUGAUCCUAUCGGACAGGUAUAGGUAGAUUGUACCGUGGUAGAAUCUCAAUUGCAUACACCUCUAUCCUCACUUUCUCAAUAACCAUUGGAGAAGGAACCUCUGGCUUUCUCAUCCAAUGGGCUUUGAGGUGAGGAGGACGCAAGGAGUAUACAAUUGAGAUUCUCCAUGUUUUCUAAUCAAUUAAUUUAUAUCUGGUCAGUAGUCUUGACAUAUAAUGGAUAGUCAUUGUGCUUCAUAUUGCUCAGGGUGGGGAUGCAUAAAAGCUGAUUGCUAAAUGUUCCAGUGAAAUUCUCAUACACUUACACUUCAAAUGAUUAUGGAAGUCAUUUAGCUAUGGAAUGUUUUGUUUAAAAACCGCAUGUAAUCAAUAAAAUGUCUUAAUGUACAGAAACACA